CUGACCUUCGCCCCAGCGCCCGGCCAGCUGCAUCCCAGUGGGGUAUAUAACCGGCCAGGCUGGGACCAGGACCAGGGAGCGGAGCCGAGACAGCCACGACAGCAGCCUGCACCAUGAGAGCCCCGGUCGUGCUCGCUCUCCUCGCCGUGGCACUCCUCGCCACCCUUGCACAGGCGCAGGAGGAGUCGGAGGACACGGACCUGGCCAAGGAGAACUACAUGCAGCAGGUGACUCAGAAAAUCAAGGACACCCUUGCCUCGUUUGACAUGAGCGGGCUGGCGCAGCAGGGCAGGCAGUGGGCGUCAGAGCAUCUGGAUGCCUUCCAGAGAUACUUGGAGGAGCUGAAGAGGACGUUCACGCCGUCACAGGCCGGCUAGGGAGCCCCGGGUCCAGCGUGCCACCGGGGGCCGAGGGCACGGAGCCCUGCGCCCGCCUCGCUGCCUGCCCCGCGGCUCGGCCUCCAUCGGGGCAGCUGUGCAUGCGACUCCCACGGGCCAGGAAAGCUGGGAUCAGCCAAGGGGGGGAGGGAAGGGGGGGAGGGGGGGUGUUUUCAGCUCUGAGUAAAGCAAGAGCUCGACCUUUGUCACUUCUUGCAAUAAAAGGAGGUGCCGUGGCACCAUUUUGCUGCA